AUGGCACCGCCGCCGCCUGCGCCGCCGCUACAACAACAGCAGCACCAGCUGCAGCUCCAGAACGAAUCGUCUCAUCGCCCGGAUCUAGCUCUCAACGAUGGGGGCGACUCCAGGGAUCACCACUCUUCAAAGCUAAACGGCGAUGCUACUGCCGUCUCCCCGACUGCUGAAGCCGGUGUUUUAUUGAAUCGUCGCCCUGGAAAGCGGCCCGCGGCCCGGGGAACCGCCUUUUAUCCUCGGAAGCGUGCCAAUACUGCAUGUCAAGUAUGCAGAGCACGCAAGACCAAAUGCGACAACAAGAAACCCAGCUGCUCGUAUUGUCUGAGCGUCGGGGCAACAUGUAUACAGUCCCCAGUCGAUCUGUCUAGUUUCGACCCGGCCAGCCUCAAGAUAUUGGAUCGGUUAGACGAUCUGGAACGUUUGCUUCGCACCACGGGGCCUGCCACAGAGCUUUCCACAUCACAAUCACCGCCAAUUCCCCAGGUCUCACCUCUAGCUCAGCCUACGAGCGUAUUUGGAAAUGGAAAUAAUUCAUCAUAUCCGUCCCAUCUUCAAGUUCAACAACUUGAUGGGACCUACGUACGACGGCCAAGCAGCCACGGCGCUGGCAACCAAGCCCACACGUCCAAUGGCCGCGCCGAGGAAGACCUGCCACUGGACAGCGUUUUGCCCAUGCGUAUUGACCACAUCUUGGACUGGCCAGUCUUCCACAGCACCAAGUCCCAAGGCUCACCAGUCUAUCGGGCACCGCCAGAUGCAAUGUCGUCUCCCGCAGGCGGAGCAGCGUCUUUGGCAGCCCUUGUUGACAUGGAGUCUCAUCGAAUCUACAGGCUCUUGGAUAAUUUCUUUCUCUAUAUUCACUGCAAAAACCCCAUUCUAGAUGAGUCUUCAGCACGGAGAAUGGUUGGGAGGGCCUUCUUAGACGGCAUUGAUUGGUCACCGGCCUCGUGCCUGGCCAUGAUCAUUUGUGCUUUGGGCUGCAUCGCCACCCCCUUUGGUCCCAGUCCAGAGACGAGAAUAGGCUCGCAGGCGUAUGCUGAUUCCCAAGUCUUUUUUCAGGCGGCCCAAAAGCGCAUCGGAAUCCUGCUGGUCAGAUCAGACAUUGUUGGCGCUCAAUGCCUGUUCCUUUCUGGAGUUUACAUGAUGAUGGUGUUCCAGCCCAUCUAUGCAUGGCGCUUCUUCUCGCAGGCACUAGCCGCAUGCCAGCACUUCCCGUUCCUUGCCAAGGCGCAGGAUAUGUCGACGGAAUCCGCGUUAUCUCCUGGAUCAGUAGAGAUGGGACGGCAAGACACGCAAGAGCAGGCAGUCUAUUGGUCGGCUUGGAAGUCGGAAAGAGAGUUACGGGGACAAUUGUCCCUCCCUGACUUCGACAUUCACCAUUCGGGCAGCACACUCUAUCCCCCGUUCUUCCCUGCACCGCCAGUGCCUCCGGCAGAGUCUCCCGAUGGGCCUGAUUCUGAGGCACAGCGGUCCAGGGCCUCUUGGCUGUUUUAUUUGGCGGAAAUAUCCCUCCGGCGCCUGACUAGCCGGCUUUGCAGCGAGGUUCUAAAUUUGCGGCAACGCUAUUCGUCGAAUACCACAUUUUUGGACGUACUAGCGGAUAUGACUCCGGAGUAUGAGGCCCAAGCCCAGGAGUGGUCAGACAGUUUACCCGGGGAGCUCUCAAUACGUUCUGCUAUCGACGAGGAUGGUAUUGCCAGAUCCGUCCUUCGAGGCAAGCUCAUCAACCUGUACGAAAUGAUAUAUUGGCCAUUUGUCAUGGCGAGUUUGAGUGCUUUAUCGAGUGGACGCAGCCUGAAACCGCAGUACGCAGAGCUUGUCAAGCGCGGGCUUGACACUCACAUGCACCAAAUCAGGGCCAAUGAGCCAGGGUUCUUUCAUCGGCACCAUGGCGGGUUUUUUAUGAUCAGAGCCUGUACACGCAGCGCGUUGACGCUUGUGGCGGCUGCCAAGUGUGGUAGUGCAAUGCCGGCGAAUUGGGACGAGGCGGUCUAUAAGGUUAUUGGGAUGCUGGCAUACUGGGAGGAGGAAGACCGGGAUGUGGCGGGGUGGAAGUCGAGGCUUGAGCGGGAACUUGCUUCAAUUCACGAGUGA